AUGCCCAAACUGUCAAGACGUCGUUCUCAUUGCAAAUCGCUGAUUCAAAGACGUUAUUCACAGGAAAGUUUAAAUACGGAGAGUGAUGGUUCUGAGUCAAAUGAAGAACUACAGAUGGAAGUUGAUGCUGAUGAAAAUAUAGAACCAUUGGAUUUUAAGAACAAAGUAUAUCGUAACGAUAUGGCUGAUUUAUUCGAAUUGUGUAAAUCGAAAUGUCCGAGAAAAUACAUCAGUGUUCUGUUAUACAUGACAAUGCGUCAUUUUGGCGUUAAAUGGAAAGAUUGCGAUGAUUUCUUAAUCGAACUUGGAGGAACAAAUGGUAAAACAGCUCAUAAAUGGGCGGAUGUUUUUAUAUCUGGAGAUUUUGAUGAGUUUUGUAAUGAUAACAGAGGUGGAAAACGGGGUAAUGAGUUUUUCGACUGCUUUCCUGAGAUUGAAGUAUCAGCGAAAACCUUUACUAUGGAACGAUGCUCAAGAAAAGCAGCUGAUUUUACAGCCAACGAUCUCGCUCUAUUUAUUGAUGAACAAUAUUAUCUGGUCACACAAACGGUGAAGGAGGCUGGUUCUCCUCUUGUUCGCUCAACAGCUUCUUGUCGCAUAGAUCUUCGUCGAUGGGGUGCGCGUUUUGAACAAAAUGGAAACCGACCUUAUUUCGAGGGUCAUGAAAGAGCCGACGUCAUUUUACAUCGUGAUAAAUUUAUUAGCUACUUUCUCGAAAGAAAAGAUCAUUACUAUACGAUUACAGAUGGAGACAUUCCGAAAUGGAUAAUACCGAGCAAAACUCCUGCUACUGUUCUUAUCUUUCAUGAUGAAUCUACCUUUAAAUCUGGAGAAGUUUCUGCAAAACGUUGGUUCUUUGGUAAUCAAGCACCUUUUCAUAGUAAAGGACGUGGGAGAUCAAACAUGGUUAGUGAUUUCAUAAUACAGCAUCCAGCUGGGCCUUUUUUUCAAUUGGAUGAAAACGAAUACAAGCGAGCUUUGGAGAAGUAUCCCGAAUUAGAAGCGCCGUCAGAUAUUAAUUACAUCCAACGAACAGCAACUGCUUCAAUUCUAGUUGGCUAUGAUGCAUAUUUUGAUAACCCUACGAUUCUCGAACAGUUUGAGAGAAUAUUUAAAAUGUUGAAGUACAAAGGAGACUUCAAAGAUCAUGCCAUUGAAUUUAUUGUAGACAAUGCUCGCACACACACAGCAAAAUCACAUUCCGUUAAUGAUUUUGGGAAAUCGAUUGGCACUCGGUGCCCAAUCGAAACCAUUAACUAUGUUGACUCACAAGGAAGAAAACAAACGCUUGAUUGUUAUUUUCGUAGUGGGCCGAAUCAAGGGCUGUCUAAAGGGCUGUUUGAAAUUGCCAAAGAAUUGAAGAUGACUACAGCAUCAAACUUGAAACUCAAUGAACUACAAAAGUUAUUAGGUGAUCAUCCUGUUUUCAGUACUACUUCACGUCUCGAACAGUUGGGUGACCAGUAUAAUAUUAAAGUAAUGUUUUGUCCGAAGUUUCAUUCAGAAUUGAAUGCGAUAGAGGGCUUGUGGUGUAGUCAAAAACAGUUUGUUAGAUCUCGUACGGAUCAAACUUAUGAAACAAUGUGUCGUCUGAUUGCGGAGUCGCGUCUUUAUUUCAAGGAAAAGCAACUACAGAUGAAACUCUUUCGUCGUUUUUGGCGUUGUCUCUCAGCGUACAAAGGUGGACAGACGUACCAACAGGUCUUACAACUUUUUCUCAGUAACAUGGCUAGUGGAACUAUAAAACAACACACUCGAAUUAGCAAUACUGGUUUGGCAGACAAUUAA